AUGUUAGCAGCGAGUAUCACUCCGAGAGGAGAGGUGGAAGAGAUGCUGAUUGAGAUCUCCCCACGAAAAGACUGUCGACUCAAAAUAUCGAUGCCUCCUCCAACGGUGGAAACAGAUGAGGAGUUGCUGGUAGCCAGUUUCGAUGGAUCGGCUAGGAUAAAAAAGAAAGGAGGGUCGUUCAGUGCCGUGAUAUGGAAGUUACCCGAAUGGACGAUCGUGGCGGCCGAAUCGAGAUAUGUUCACGAUCUGACUGUGAAUGAAGCUGAGUAUAAUGGCUUGCUACUGUGCUUUGAGUUACUCGCCGAUCUGGAUAGGGGGCGAGUAAUACUGUGUGGAGAUUCCAGUCUGGUGAUUCGACAUAUGCGCGGUGAGAUCGACUGCAAGGCACCGGGCCUUCAGCUUCUGAGACACAAAGCGUUGGAGAAGCUGCAGUCAUGGCCUAGUCACGAGUUUCUGCAUAUGAAGCGAGAGUGGAAUCAGAGCGCAGAUCGACUAGCUAGCACAGCAUUGCAGAGCGAAAAGGGAAGAACGGUUGUAGCUGAAGAGGAUCGGCAAGAUCUGAUGACUCUGAACCGUCUCGAUGAAUUGUUGAAGCCCAAGCAAGAUGGUCAGCUAGCUCGGGUAACUGCGAUCGCGAGAUCAGCCAGGAGGAUACGUCAUGAACCUGAAGUGAUACAGGAGGAGAUAGUACAGAGGAUCAGGAUUCAACGAAUUGUCCAAGCUCAAGAUGAAGAGCGUUGGAUUGUCAAUCUCAAGACAUAUCUAAGUGGCGAUGUAUCAAACUUGGAUGCGGUAGAAGUGAAGAUGUGCGCCAAACUGGCGCCGGAUUACGAGAUCGAUGAGAACAAUCUGCUAUUUUUUUGCCCCAUGGCGAAAAGAGAGUCAGAAGAUCGCGAUGGUUUGAUGCGGUUGGUGAUCCCUGAGACGUUGCAGCAGGAUUUUUUGCAUCACUAUCACACGAGUCUGGAAGGAGGCCAUCAGGGUAUUGGCCGAACCUAUCAGAGGAUCAGAUCGCGAUUUCAUUGGAGAGGACUGUAUCGGAGCGUUCAACGAUAUGUGGGCGAAUGUACCGACUGUGAGACCGGGAAAGGAAACCCGAUGAUUCAUGGAAAAUCCCCGGGCAAUCUACACGCAACCUAUCCAUUCCAGAUCAUCGCCAUGGAUCAUAUACCGUCGUUGCCCAAGUCCAUCAAGGGGAACACCGAACUGCUCAUUUGGGUCGACCUUUUCUCGGGAUAUGUGAUUGCAAAGGCUAGCUCCUCUCGGACGGCACAAACAAUAGCGGAGAAUUACGAAGAAUGUGUGUUUCGACGCUUCGGAGCUAGCGAGGCUAUCAGGCACGAUCGAGAACCGGGAUUUAUGUCCGACUUCUUUCGAGCCUUCAGUCGGAUCGUAGGACAAAAACAGCGUGCUACUAUGGCUUACAGGCCACAAGCAAAUGGAACAGCCGAACGAAUGGUGCAAACCCUGACACAUUCGCUCAAGAUGUACGUGGCUGAAGUUGACCAGCGAGACUGGGAUGAGUAUGCUGAGCGGCUCACAUUUGCCAUUAACACUGCACAAGAUCGGAUCCGGGGGAUACCCCGUUUUAUCUGA